AUACAAUUGCCUGCACUCUCUGGGAGAACAUGGUAGAAGAGUUCAUGGAUUUUCUUAAAACAAAACCGAAGUCAAUCACUCUUAUUCUUCAACGCUGCCGUGCUAAAAAAUUCCAGGGUCGGGUGGAGGUAACAAACAUGUUCCAUGUGACUAAGAUGUUACUGAAUAGCAACAGCGAGGAGUGUGCAGCUUUCAAUUCCACGUUCGGUCCAGAUAAUGAUGACGGUGGGGAUGCUUUAGCCAUAGCUACUUUUGUUACCCCUUCUUUUCAAGAUGACCUAACUGCUGGAAAAGUUCAGUUGGUAUCAAUUGCAGAUCUAAUGAAAAUGGAAGAGGAUGGAAAACACUGGAUCUAUGGAGAGAUAUUGACAAUAGACAGCUACAGAGAUUGGUACUACAUAUCUUGCAGAGGGUGCAGCAGAAAGGUGUGUCCUGAAGGUGACAAUUUCAGUUGUGGUGUGUGCAACACCAAAGAAGUAGUUCUAAGGUACAAAAUUAAUGUUAGGGUGAUGGAUGAGACAGGUCAUGCUUCUUUUGUAUUUUGGGACAAAGAAUGCUUUACUUUGGUUGAAAAAACUGCAAGUACUCUUCAUGAGGAGAUUGAACAGAAAAAUGUUGGACCGUAUUAUUUUCCAGUCGAGAUUGAUGCUAUGGUUGAAACUAAGGGAUUGUUUCGAGUGCAAACAAAGAAGGAAAACAAAUACUACAAGGGUGUUCCUACAUUUAGUGUAAUUGGAAUGAAUUGUGAUCCAACUGUUAUCGCUUUAUACAAGUAUAAAGGAAAAGCAGUUGAGGAAGAAGAUGAUGCAGUUGAGGAAGAAGAUGAUUUCACACUACUUAGGAAGGAGUUUUCUGUGUCUGAAGAAGUCCCCAUACCUGAUGACGAGGAGACCAGCCCCCUACUGUCAAAAGAAAAAAGGAAGGAACUUGUGGUGAACUACGACGGCAUCAAAAGGAAGCUGUUUGUUGAGCCCCCGCCUGUCAAGCCACCAAAGAAGCUGAAGAAGGUGAAAAUGGAAAAGGAGUAACGAUGUUUGAACAAUGAAGAACUUUUUGCUAAUGAAGAACUUCAAGAACAAUGAAGAACUUUUUGCUAAGAUGAUGCAUAUCAUGUAUGCAGUAUUUUCUAUGUUUUUCUGUUAGUGCAUUAGCAUUUCAGAAAAAUGUUUGCUGCCUGGAAUAACUUAGGGAUAAGUUUAGGUUAUGUUACAAACUUUUGGAGUGGAUUAUUUUCUAGAUAAUCUAUUUUGAUCCUAAGUUUGUAAUUUUUGGCAUUUGUUGCCAAGUGUGAUGUAACCUAUUCGGAAUGUAUUGAUAUGUUAAUUAUGUUCUAUUUCCAG